AUGAGCGCAUCUGUGCGAGAAGCCAACCUGCAUGUAGGUGGUAGUAGCGGGCGCAUCGUGCAUGUGACCGACAUCCAAGGCAACACACGCCUUCCACGAGCGCAGCUUUUAGACCGCUUACGUGCACAGCAGGGCUUGGCGUAUGUACCAGAGCUGGAACUUGUGCGUGAUGUGCUGUACUUGAUGCAGGGCAUCUCUGGCACACAUGUACGUCUGCACCAUGCAUGGCAGCUUCCCUCGGACAAUGGAUCUCACGAGGCUUGCACGCACAUGCGCCUGGAUUUCGACGAGCAUGCCGGCAUGAUCUCGCCGCCCACACGCGAUCUGAUCCACCGCCUCGCUGAACUGGGCCAGCUGUUUGAGCGUGUACAGGCUUUCGUCGACAGCCACGAGAGCCAGCCUGUUGCAACGCAUCUCACAGCGCAAAGUCUAUGCCACUUCUUGACCGGCGAGCUUCAAGCGCACAACGCGCUGCUGACGGACCUCGACGCGCAGUGGCAUGCACAGGCCGAGGGCGAGAAUCUAUCGCCGCCACUCACGCUACAACGCCUCGCCCAAGUGACAAGUGAGCCCAUGAUGCGGAUGCGUCUCAUGAGCACCAUCGUCGAGAGCUGCCGACACGCACAUGGCGGUGCGCUUGUAUCGACGAUUCAUACAUACACACUCACAGGGCACCCAUUUAUCCGGCGAUGCACAGCCACGAUGCUGGACCACGUGUCUCGGCCCUUUUUUCAUACGCUCUCGCGCUGGAUCUAUGAUGGCGAGCUGGACGACCCAUUCCACGAGUUUUUCGUCGCUCGCGCACCGCCGAGCCAGACACGCAAGCCCCCACUCGUCGACGAUCUCGUCGUGCCGACAGAGCUUGGCACAGAUGCCGCUGACGUUUGGCACAACCGAUUCGUCUUGCAGCUCCAGAUGCUCCCGAGCUUCUUAAGUGAGCACUUUGCACGCAAGAUCUUCUCCACCGGCAAGAGUCUGCAUUUCCUGCGCGACUGCUGCAGCAGUGGCCAUGGCCAUGCCGAGUACGGUGACACAGCGCAGCCGUCUGUCGCACUGGAUCCAGAACAGGCGCGCUUACGCACUCUUGGCUACGGAUCCGCGCAUCGUCGUGAGCUGCGGUACUCGGACAUGGCGGGUCUCGAGCAUGCCAUCGAUGCCGAGUUCGCUCUUGCUAGCGGACACUUGUGCAUGAGGAUGCUUAGCACAUUCCGUCUACUGGAUCACUUGCGUGCGCUGAAAUCGUACUUACUGCUUACGCAAGGCGACUUUGCCGAUGCGCUGCUCGAGACCCUUGGCCCGAGUCUUGCGCGGCCUGCGUCGACGCUGUAUCAACACAAUCUCAGUGCGGCCCUCGAGACGGCGAUCCGCGCAUCCAAUGCGCAGUUUGACGAUCCCGAGAUCCUGCGGCGUCUGGAUGCCCGCAGUCUUGAGUUUGGCCCUGGCGACACGGGCUGGGACACCUUCACACUCGAGUACCGCGUCGAUUCGCCCGUCAAUGCCGUGCUGGACGCAUCUGCCAUGGCCGGCUACCAGCUACUCUUCAACUACCUAUGGCACACGAAUCGCGUUGCGGCCCGCAUCACCGCCGCUUGGUCACAGCUUCUGUCGGUGCAAAAAGCCGUGUUACGCAGUCGACACCGCAAGCUGGUCGAUCGCGCUCUCAUGCGCCAACUGCGCGCUACCCUGGGCCAUGUGUGUGAAAUGGUGCACUUUGUUCGUCAUCUGCAGAGCUUCAUUGAACUCGAGGGCAUCUCGUAUGCAUGGCAGCGUCUGGAGCAUGACCUGACCGUCACGAAGCCGAGUGACUUGGAUCAUCUUGUCGACAUCCACCGCACCUAUCUCCACAUGCUCAUAAGCACGACGCUGAUGCGCGGCCGUCGCAGUGCGUCCGACCAUCUCGCGAGCGACGUGCGUGCACAGCUGCACGGCAUCCUGGCAUAUGCCGAUGCCACCGACGAGCUGGGCAUGUACGUCACAUCGGAACUUGCCCGCCUGGCGGGCGGCGUCGACCCGCUCUCGUCGGCGGCUCGGACGCAUGCUCACGUGUCGCAACGCCUCGUCAACGAGCACACGCAGUUCCAGCACCGGCUCCAGAGCAUGCUUGCCGCGCUCGAGCGCCAUCCGACGCUCACUGUGCGCGAUCUCGCACGUCGCUGGAACUUUAACAAUGUAUAUUACCGGCGCGAGCGCACCACGGUCAGCACAAGCCAUGCUACUACUACCACGUCGGCGCUCGCACGUUAG